CUUGUCAGUACCUGCCUGAAGCGCCUGGCUCGAGAUCGUCGUCGUGUUUUCCGCCCUUCUCGAGCGGCGCCUCUCUCGGAGCAGGCUUCCCAGCGCGGUUAGCUGAGUUCGUGAGGGAUGGCAUGGCCUCGAGUAUAUAGAGAGCGCUGUCUCGCCCUCAUGGCAGACUGACUGACUGACUGGACAUCCAUCCGCACAGACUCGCAGCCCUGCUACCAUGUUGGCGCUCUCCAUCCUCUCCCUCGCCGCCCUCGCGGUGGCCAGCCCCAUCCGCUCUGCGCAGGACUAUGCCACGUCGCUGAGGAACAUUGCUAGACAAUCCGUCAGCGAGUCCGACGUGGACAACUUUGCCUUCUACGCAGAGCACGCCGCGGCCGCGUACUGCAACGCGGGCGCCUCGGCUGGAGCCACCGUGUCGUGCGGCGGCAACUGUCCCGAGGUUGAGGCCAACAGCGCGACGAUCCUGGGCACCUUUGACGGCCUGUGGACGGGCAUCGCGAGCUACGUGGCCCUGGACACGGCGCGCACCGAGAUCGUCGUGUCCGUGCGCGGCUCGUCCAACGUCCGCAACUGGAUCGCCAACCUCGACUUCAACUUUGAGGACUCGCCCAUUGUGUCGGGCGGGAAAGUGCACGACGGCUUCAACCGCGCCUGGAACGAGAUGCGCUCGGGCGUCACCGCGGCCAUCCGCGAUGCCAUGAACGCCCACCCGGGGUACCGCGUCGUGGCGACGGGCCACUCGCUCGGCGCCGCCGUGGCCACGCUCGCGGCCGCGCAGCUGCGCAACGACGGCAUCCCCGUCGACCUCUACACGUACGGCUCGCCGCGCGCGGGCAACGACGUGCUGAGCGACUACAUCAGCAACCAGGCCGGGCCCGAGUUCCGCAUCACGCACCUGGACGACCCCGUGCCCCGUCUGCCGCCCAUCAUCUUUGGCUACCGCCACACGUCGCCCGAGUACUGGCUGUCGGUGGGUGACGCGACGGGCGACGACUACCCCGUCAGCGACAUUCGCGUGUGCCCGGGCAACGCCAACGUGCAGUGCAACGCGGGUACCUUUGGCCUCGACAUUGACGCGCACCUCAACUACUUUGGCGACAUGUCGUCGUCCGUCUGCGCCGCGGCCAAGACCAGAGCUGCUGCUGCCUCUGCGGACGACGAUGCCGAGCUGGAGAGCAGGCUGAAUGGAUGGGUCGAGCAGGAUAUCGCCUUUGUCAACGGGCAGUAGUCAUGUGUCUGUCUGCCAUUCUUGAAUAUAUUCCAGUUUACAUAGGAACACCCGUAUAUGUCAG